UCAGUCUUCUCUGCUUCAUGCUCGCUGACUGACGUAUAGGCUAGUUCACCACAAUACAAUACACUCACUAUAUAGGGCUAAUUACUACACAGAAACGCACUAUAAAUCAGAAAAAAUAUAAGCAAAUAUCUGUUUGACAGGAAAACUUGAAUUUUCCUCUCCUGUUUUGUUGCUUUUGUGUACAUUAUUUUCCAAUUUUCCAUCUUAUUUAAGUGCGUAUUCAGUUUUGCCGUGGAACUCUUAAAAAGUCAGUCAGUUUUUAUGUGUAGCAAGUUACCUUUGAGUUUUCGGUAGUUGAGCAAACAAAUAUCGCCACAGAAAAUAAUUAAGCCGAUUUAUUGUUAACAAUAAUAAAAUGUGAUUCUACUGAGUGAUAUCUCUGUUUGGAAAGUGUGCUGGAUAGUGAUUUUGUUUAAAAAACAAACGAUUUUCUUGAUAGACAACUUGAGUAGAAAUCACAUUUUUGAUUUCGUUUGGAAUGUGUCCGUCAAUUUUCGCAUCGCAGCUAAAUUUAGACGUCCAAAGUCUCGAAUCAGACAAGCUGACGCCGACGGUUCUCAGUAGCUCACGUGCUUAGGAAGCAAAGCGUCUGAGGUCCGAUAAAUUAAAACUGCAAGGCAAAACAGCAAAAGAGUUAUUGUUGACACUGUUGCUACCGUCGACGGAGAGACUAGCGUUAUAAAUGACUAGCUCAGUUAUAAGUUUCGUGUCUGCUCAUGCUGCAUCGUUGAGAAGCCGCACCGGAUGGAACAUCCGGGCGGAUCCAGAACCACUCAAGCUACUGAUGCUGCAAGGGCAGCGGAGAAAUCAUGUUUGCCAUCCCGUGGCAUAUCCUAGUCGGGUACAAUAAUAGUCGUUAUUGUUAUUGUUAUUGAUGUUUGUUUUUCGUACCGUCGAAAGCUUUAGAAGUAUAUACAAAAAAAAUCAAAAAGAUACACAAACGGGAAGACAUCAGCAAGUUUACUCUAUUCAGCAGUAGUACAAAGGAGGCAACAUAGCAUCAUGGGUAAUGGAAUGAAUAAGGUAAUGAACUCAUUAUUAUAUCAUGAGAGCUUGGAUCUUAGAAGUGUGGGGAUUACAUUAUUUGAUGAUGCUUUCGUUGGUGUGCAAUUCAAGAUACGGAUGAAAAAUAACGCUUUGAUCUGCUUCUUGUUUUUCUAUGCUAUCUACGUUCAACUGACAGGUGAUGCCGGGUUUGUUCAUUGGCAAUUACAGAGACUCAAAAGACUAUCAACAGUUGGACCGUUUCCAAAUCACGCACAUUGUCUCAAUACAUGAUAGCCCACGGCGUUUUCAUCCGGACAAGCACUACCUCUGUGUGAUGGCUGCCGAUACGCCAGACCAAAAUUUGUCUCAGUAUUUUUCCGUCUGCAAUGAUUUCAUACAUGCUGCGCGUCUGAAGGAUGGCAAUGUGUUGAUUCAUUGUUUAGCCGGGAUGUCCCGCUCGGUCACGGUUGCCGUUGCCUACAUUAUGACCGUCACGCCGCUCAACUGGAAGGAAGCCCUUAAGGUAGUCCGUGCUGGUCGCGCCAUUGCUAAUCCCAAUCUAGGCUUCCAAAAUCAGUUGCAGGAGUUUGAGACUAGCAAACUGUUGGACGAACGAAAACGGCUCAAAGAACGCUUUCCCAGUUUAGCACUGGAAGACAACGAUAGAGAGCAAUGUUUUGUAGCUUUAGAUCAUUUUGAAAUUUUGUUAGAAAAUAAAGGUGUUUGUGAAGGCCAAUGCAAGUUUGGGAAAGACUGUCCAACAGGAAUCUGCCGCUCGGAAUCGCGUGGGCUCCGCAGGAAGGCAACCCCACCGUCCCCGAGAAAGCAAUACAAUCUAACCGCGUCGCCGUCAAGCUCAUCCCAGCUGUCGGUACGUAGCUUGUCGGCGGUCCAAUCCUGCCCAACAUCCCCUCGGAGUUCGAAAACCGGCAACAAUCCACGGGCAGCUGGAAACCAUACUGCCGAGCUCGAUCUGGAUGAACUAAGCGAUUUACGGCGCAGCUCCAGCAUUGUCAGUACUUAUCGUCCACGGAGCGUUCCUUCCGGACUGUACUCGUACACAGGUUCUGCACCUCCUUCCAUCCAUGGAUCACGGGUCGAUUUAACGGGUAGCGUUAAAAACACUGGUUCGGCCAUCUAUCUUGGCACCAGCAGUCCUUCCGGAGCUGCCUCACCGGCAGUCAGUCGUCGCGUUAGUUUAAGAUCAACACCAAAAUCCACCCCAAAGUCUACACCGGACUCAUCGCCGAAACCGUCUCCUAAAAAAUCUGCUUCGAAGGCAACAACAAAAUCACGAGCCAAUACCACUACCGCGAAAGCAGCAAUUACUGUAACUACUACUACUAUUACUAGUACUACUAUUAGUGAUCCUUCAACAACAACAACAACAACAACAAUUACUUCUACUACUUCUACUAGUACUAUUACUACCAAUAGUAAGAGUAGCAGUACCUCGUCAGCUAAAGUAGCUGUCAGCUCAAAAUCUACCACCUCGAAACAAGACGCCUCAACCGCCGCAAGUUCUAAUAGCACAAAUGCCAUCAUUAGUACGACAAAAAGCACCAGCACCAAAACGUUCGUCAAGGCGUCUUCAUCAAAACAAUCGUUGAAUGUACUAACUAGAGAUAGCAACGCUAGUGGCAAUAAAAGCAAAAAAUCGGCAUUAGUAAAUAUGGAGUCCUCGUUACAAACAGAAAAGGUUACGAAAAAGUAAUCAUCCAUAUCCAUAUUACAGCUCGAGAAUUAUCAAAAUUAUCAAAGAAUAUCAAAUGUCGAUAUUUUGUCUGAAAGAUAAAAAAAAAACAGAAUAUAUAUUUACUACAUCGCAUGUUAAGGAAAACGUAACACAUAAGUGAAAGAUUGCAAGGCAACGUAACGCAAAGCUAGCAGUACAAUAAAAACAAGUCAAGGAUCAAUAGUUGGAAUAGUAUGAUAGGAACUACGCAAAGAUAGCAUAAUAAUCCGCAACUAUGUUAAGCAAUUUUGUGAACUGUUUAUUUUAUAUGAAAAACAAAAAUGCAGAAAUAAAAACCUGUUUUACAGUGGCUUCUAUCAAAUGAAUGGAAGGAAAUGCUUAGAUUCUGUAAACGAAAAAGCUUA